CUCUUAUCAGCCCAGUACUUGCGUCACUGAUAAUACCAUGCCCGCACUCUCCCUGGUCAUCGGUCCAAUUUUAACUGGGCCCUCUCUGGUUGUCUUCUGGGUCUAGUGCAGCCUGUGACAAGGGGCCACCAUCUUAAACAUUGACCAGCGUGAUGCCUUUCGAUUCGCCGUUUCCUACAAACGCAUUGGAUCCCGCCUCUCGCCUCCGUUGAAUCGUCGGCGAAACUUUUGUCGCUAUACAGACGAGGUCAUCCAUCUACUUUGUAUAGUUUGGUGAACCCACACAGCCUUCCAUCCUUCUCAAACGCAGUCUCCGGUAGUCAUCCGGGAGCACCACGUCGACCGCAGACGACAUCUUUCGAGUUCCAACAUUCCCGCCGCCCGACCACCCCCCCCUUGUCAGACGUAUUCCGAACACGUGCUCCGAUAAACCACGACAGCUGUUUGAAGCUCUUCGACAUCGGACCAACCGUCAACCGCCAACCACAACCACACCGCAUACACAAGCCCACGCCGUCCCAAUUCCAUCCCUCCGAAACAACCCCAUCAGCGUAGUAACGCCCUUGCCUUGCGGGUCAGCUGGAGAAGGGAAGGAGAAGAAGAAAGAAAGAUAGGAAACCAACGCUUCAUCCUCGGCCUUUCGAACACACCACAGACCUUCACCUCCAAGCCCGCCCACCCACCCACCCCCUCUAACCUCCAAACCCAUCCCGCUCAAGGGCCAUGUCGUCUCCACCAUGGGACUACAUCGCUAAACUCGUCUGCAUCGGCGACUCGGGCUGCGGCAAGUCCAGCCUGACCAUCCGUCUCUGCGAGGGCCGCUUCUCCCCUCACCACGACGUGACCAUCGGCGUCGAGUUCGGCUCCCGCAUCGUUCCUGUCGGCCCCCCCAACGCCCUCCCUCCCGCUCCUCACCUCCCAGCGUCCUCCAACGUCCAGAAGACCAACGAAGACGGCAUCGCCGCGCCCAACGGCCUCCCCGAGCCCCCACGCCUCCCCGAACCAGCCGCAGUUGACGGGCCCCAAAAGCACAUGAAGCUCUCCCUUUGGGACACGGCGGGCCAGGAGACGUACAAGUCCGUCACGCGCUCCUACUUCCGCGGCGCCAGUGGCGCCCUACUUGUCUUCGACCUCAGCCGCAAGCAGACCUUCCAGCAUGUCACGGACUGGCUCAACGACCUGCGCCAGAUCGCUGAGCCCGACAUUGUCGUCAUUCUCGUCGGCAACAAGGCCGACCUCACUCAGGACGAGAACAACAAGCGUGAAGUCACCAAAGAGGAGGCCGAGGAAUGGGCCAAGAGGAACGGCGUCUUCGAGUAUGUCGAGACGAGCGCCAAGAGCGGCGAGAACGUCGAGAAGGCCUUUAUGAGGGUCGCCGAGAGGAUAUACAACAACAUCCAGGCCGGCAAGUACGACCUCAAUGACAGGAGAUCCGGUGUCAAGGGACCUGGCGCCGGAGGCAGUAGGCAGGUGAAGAUAGGGAGCGAUGCCAACAAGGGAUCAGGCGGCGGCUGUUGUUAGAUGAGCUGCCAC